CGCACACACUCUUUACACUCAGUUUUUUGUCGUAGUAGCUCGAGAAUAUGGCGGUAAGGCUAUGUAUAUACACAUAAAUGCAUACAUGCAUGUUGAAGUAGAGCCAGAAUAUGGCGGUAAUUAACUGACUUGUUUAUUUUGUGAUGCAUGCAUGCAUGGAUGUUGUAUGGAGGUCGCGGUGAGUGUUGGUCCAUGGGGUGCACCGGGGGGAGAGCCUCGCGACAUCCCCAUCGGCAGCAUGCCCCAGUCCCUGGUGAGCAUCACCAUCUGGAGCAUCAAGGCCUUGGGGGGGGGGGGGGGGGGCAUCUGUGGCUUCUCCUAUGUGUACGUCGACCAGAACGGGGGGGCCCAUCCACGUCGGCCCCUGGGGCAAUGCCGACCCGGAACACACCAUCACGAACAUACAGAUGGGUCCCGGCGAGUACCUUUACGAGCUGAGCGGCAAUGCCGAUGACUCCGCCCUAUUAUCGCUCAAACUGGUCACCAACCAGCACACGUACGAGGUCGGCGCUCCGUUGGAGCACACGACCUUCAGCAUGCCGCUCAGGAAUGGCAAGGUGGUCGCCUUCUUUGGCCGCUCCGACAACGAUCACCUCACGGCGCUCGGUAUCUACGUGCCGGUGAUGAAAGGCUCACCGGUCAAUGUCGGUCUUUGGGGCGACUCCGGUGGCGUACCCGUGGACAUCACCACGCCGGUGCAGCUUAAGAGCAUCACCGUCUACAGCACCGAUUCCAGCGAUGGGCGCAUCUAUGGCUUCUCCUUCACCUACGUCGACCUGACUGGCCAGUCCAUCCAUGUUGGCCACUGGGGCACGAUCAAGGGAGAGAAGCAUACCUUUGACCUAAACCUGCAAGGCGAGUAUGUGAACAAGAUCACUGGCACUACUGCCGGCGACAACCGCAUGACCUCGCUCAAGUUCACCACCAACCAGCAGCGUGACUACGGCCCGUUCGGGAGCGAUAGGGGCAAUGCCUUUAGCAUGCCGCUGCCAGACGGCAAGCACAACGGCGCCGUAGUCGGCUUCUUCGGCCGCUCCGGGAAGAGCCACGUUGACCUCGGCGUCUACGUCGGCCUCGCGCCCAACGAGCCAUGAAUCAAUCACUUGUAAACGUAUAUAUCGAGCUAGCAGCUAGUUACGUACUCUACCCAUCCAGAAUGCAGACCUCUACUCGAUCUGCAUGCUACGUUAAACGCCAGCGAGCUAGCUAGCUGGCUAUACAUAUGUGUCAUAUGUUUGUAAUGAAUAAGCAUGAUGGGAUCAAAUACUGUCAAGGGAUUAUAUA